AUGAAGUCGACUUUCUUAUCUAUCGCAGUAGCCUUUCUCUCGGCAUCUACUUCAAUUUUGGCAAGUCCGGUACUCAUUGACAUGGACGAAAGCAAUAUGGCUUUAGCAAAACGUGUAGUUGGUACAACAUGUAAACCCAGACCAGGAGUGAGCUGUCUUGCUCGCCGAGAUAUCAAUGAAGCUACUUUUCAAGAAGUUGGUCUUUUCAAACGUACGGGUAGACACGUUCAUCAUAUUCCUGGUCAUCAUGGUCAUGUUGGCCAUCACGGCAAGCACAGCAAGAAGAUGACGAUGGCCUCACCUGCUGCUGUGAGCGGUGCAGACGUUGCUGCCGUCUGA